AUGGAGGUGUUGACCACGAAAAUAAAUAAGAAGAAAUUAGUGCACAUCGAUUAUUUAUAUUACAAACAAAAAAAUGUGAAAAUUGGUAUCCGGUGGGUGUGUGUUCACAAAGGGUUAUGUGAUGGAUCAGUUACAACUGACGAUGGAAUCAAUUUUGUUUUAAAGUUUGGAGAUCACCAUCAUAAAGGUAAUACUGACUUAAUAAAUACAGAAAGAGCUAAAUGUAUUAUGAAGAACGCAGCAAAACAAAACUACGAUAUACCGUCUCGAAUUUUUGCACUUAAUGUAAUCCCAUUAUCCAACGAAAGUAGACAGUUAAUUCCGAAGGAAGAUUCGAUGAAAAGGACUUUACGGCGUUGA